AACGCUCAAGAUGGCACCUUGACAAAGCCGCCCUUCAACCGCCACGCUCAAGAUGGUGACGUUUCCUCUGCGAUUCCCGCGCCACGCCUCUCAAUUUACGCGAGAGCUGCCAGCCCGUCGUGAUGGAGCCGGGCUGCGGUGGUGGUGGUGGCGGCGGUCCGGGCUUGCUCAUCGUCAAUAACAAACAACGGAGCGGAGGAGUUGGACUCAACACGACGACGCCCCCGCCGCCGCCAGGAGGGAAAGGCCGGGAGCCUAAUCGUAACCAGCGUAAAGACUCGGAGGGCUAUUCAGAAUCACCAGACUUUGAGUUUGAAUAUGCAGAUGCCGACAAGUGGACCGCUGAACUCUCAGAACUGUACAGUUAUACUGAAGGUCCUGAAUUCCAACUCAACAGAAAAUGCUUUGAGGAAGAUUUUAGGCUGCAUGUCUUGGAUAAAAAGUGGACUGAACUAGACACUAAGCAACAUCGUACUCAUGCCAUGCGACUUCUUGAUGGCCUUGAGGUCACAGCUCGGGAGAAAAGGCUCAGGGUAGCUCGAGCCAUCCUCUAUGUUGCACAAGGCACAUUUGAUGAGUGCAGUUCGGAAGCUGAAGUUCAGUUUUGGAUGAGAUACAACAUUUUUCUUCUGCUUGAAGUUGGAACAUUUAAUGCUUUGGUGGAGCUUUUGAACAUGGAAAUUGAUAACAGUGCUGCCUGUAGCAGUGCAGUGAGGAAGCCUGCUAUCUCCUUGGCUGACAGCACGGAUUUGAGGGUGCUUCUGAACAUUAUGUACCUUAUUCUGGAGACUGUCCGUCAGGACUCUGAAGGAGAUAAGCCUGAGUGGAAGACAAUGAGACAGACCUUCAGAGCUGAGCUAGGGGCGCCUCUAUAUAACAACGAGCCGUUUUCUGUGAUGCUCUUUGGCAUGGUCACUAAAUUCUGCAGUGGCCAUGCUCCACACUUUCCUAUGAAGAAAGUGUUGCUGCUGCUCUGGAAGACUGUCCUGUGCACCCUUGGAGGAUUUGAAGAGCUUCAGGAUAUGAAAGCAGAGAAACGAGAGAUGCUGGGUCUUCCCCCACUUCCUGAGGAUAGCAUAAAAGUGAUCCGCAACAUGAGAGCUGCAUCUCCUCCAGCAUCAGCUUCAGAUUUGAUUGAGCAACAGCAAAAACGGGGUCGGCGGGAACACAAGGCUCUUAUUAAACAGGACAAUCUAGAUGCAUUCAAUGAGCGAGAUCCUUACAAAGCUGAUGAUUCCCGAGAAGAUGAGGAGGAGAACGAUGAAGACAAUAGUCUUGAGGGGGAAACAUUUCCUCUUGAAAGGGAUGAAGUGAUGCCUCCUCCUGUGCAGCACACUCCAACUGACCGACUGACAUGUCCAAAAGGUUUGCCUUGGGCACCCAAAGUCAGAGAAAAAGAUAUCGAGAUGUUCCUGGAAUCUAGUCGAAGCAAAUUCAUUGGCUAUACCUUGGGGAGUGACACCAACACCGUAGUGGGAUUGCCAAGACCAAUUCAUGAGAGUAUCAAAACUCUAAAAUUGCACAAGUAUACAUCUAUUGCAGAAAUUCAAGUUCAAAUGGAAGAGGAGUAUCUACGUUCUCCCUUGUCAGGGGGGGAAGAGGAGGUUGAUCAAGUUCCAGCUGAAAUCUUAUACCAGGGUCUUCUUCCUAGCCUGCCUCAGUACAUGAUUGCCUUGCUGAAGAUUCUGCUCGCUGCAGCACCCACUUCCAAAGCCAAGACUGAUUCCAUCAAUAUCCUUGCCGAUGUUUUGCCCGAGGAGAUGCCAACAACUGUGUUGCAGAGUAUGAAGCUGGGCGUUGAUGUGAAUAGACAUAAAGAGAUUAUUGUAAAAGCUAUUUCUGCUGUUCUGCUGCUGCUGCUCAAGCAUUUUAAACUGAAUCAUGUAUACCAAUUUGAAUACAUGGCUCAACAUCUAGUGUUUGCUAACUGCAUUCCGCUUAUAUUGAAAUUCUUCAAUCAGAACAUUAUGUCAUAUAUCACAGCAAAGAAUAGCAUUUCUGUUUUGGAUUAUCCAUAUUGUGUGGUACAUGAGCUACCAGAGCUGACUGCAGAAAGUUUGGAAGCUGGAGACAAUAAUCAGUUUUGCUGGCGGAACCUAUUUUCUUGCAUUAAUCUUCUUAGGAUACUGAAUAAGUUAACAAAGUGGAAACACUCUAGGACCAUGAUGCUGGUAGUUUUCAAGUCUGCUCCCAUUCUAAAAAGAGCCCUGAAAGUAAAGCAAGCCAUGAUGCAACUCUAUGUAUUGAAACUUCUCAAAGUGCAGACAAAGUACCUUGGACGUCAGUGGAGGAAAAGCAACAUGAAAACUAUGUCUGCAAUCUACCAAAAAGUGCGACAUCGGCUCAAUGAUGACUGGGCUUAUGGCAACGAUCUGGAUGCACGUCCAUGGGACUUCCAAGCUGAAGAAUGUGCCCUACGUGCCAGUAUAGAACGCUUCAACUCUCGACGCUAUGACCGGGCACAUAACAAUCCUGAUUUUCUACCUGUUGACAACUGUUUGCAAAGUGUGUUGGGCCAGCGGGUGGAAUUGCCUGAAGAUUUCCAAAUGAAUUAUGACUUAUGGCUGGAAAGGGAAGUUUUUUCUAGACCGAUCUGCUGGGAGGAGUUGUUGCAAUGAUGGUUUAUAAAUGGAAAAAUCUUUCAAGACACGGAGCUAAUACAUGUGCCCAAAGAUAAUGUUCCUGGUCUACAGUCAACCAGGCAUAGAGGAGAUAAAAUUGUUUUGUGACUUAUAAACAGCAGUUUUUUCUUUUUCCUCCAGGUGGCAGCAUGUAACCGACAAUGGCUUUCCUACAACUUUGGGGCUGCUUUGGUUAUUGAUUGCUAAAUAAGUAUAGAGUAGCACAGCUUGAGCUCUGGGCCUGUUGUGGCAAAAUAUCAAAUGCUGAUACUCUUGUUCACUAAACAUGGACAACUAUUCUGUUCCAAAAUUAAAAUGGCAGCUUUUUUUUAGCGAUAUUCACUAUCCUUGUUCCAGAAUGACAAAGUGACAUCAUUUUCUUACUAGCUUCUAAGAGGAAAAAGUGAAUUCUUAGUCAUGCAGAUGGGAAGAGAAAAAGGAUAGAAAGCUAUCUAAUACAAAAGGAUACAGUCUGAUUAAGAGGAAUAUAAACUGGAAAUAAGAUAUGUAUAUAGUAGUGCCACAGAAUCCUCAGCUUCUGGGACAAGAUUGGGUGUCUAAGUGCUAAAAUGCAUAAGCGCAAUUCUGGGCUUAUCUCAGUCUUGAAAGAAGUUGUUUUCCCAAUUUGUGCCUCAGAUUGAAUCAAACUUUACAUUGAGUCACACUCAAUGUAAUUGAGAUUGAUAAAUAUUCAAUAUUAAUAUCAAAUUUGUGGCAUUUUAAGAGACAGAAAACAUACUGCUUUUAUGUUUUCUAAACAUCCUUUUUCCUGUUGUAAUUGUCUGAAAUCUAAAAGAUUUUCCAAUGAGUGUUCAGCACAGGUGCGUAUGCCUGUGUAGCUUUCUCAGUUUGGCUUAGCAUGAUAUAUUCAUUCUCAGUUUCCUCAAUCUAAUCUUGUAGAGCCAGACAGCUCUGUCCUCCAUGGAUGCUCCACUUCAGUCUAAUUCUAGCAAAGAGAAGUAGGUGUGUUAUUUCCAUUGUUGUUUUGUAUGGUGUCCCUGAAUGAGAUGGAAGAAAAGGCUCAAAGAAGGUGAUAAAAUGCAUUUGUUAAUUGGGUGAAUGACACCUGUUUCCUAGGAGAUAGUAUUCCCUUUUCUGAUAGACUAAAUCUCCAUAGCUUCAAUUGGAUUUAUGAGUGUUUCAUUAUAUUUGUGAACCAGGAGCAAGCAAAAUACUGCUCUCUGUGUGGCAUGUUGGUUUUCUAGAUGGUUUUAUAACCUGGUAAUUUUGGAUUGCAAUCCUAAAAUGAUUUACUUGGAAAUAAGGCCCAACAAAAUUAAUAUUCCAAACAAAUAUGUUUAGGACUGGAGUUGCAUUAAAAGGCUACUACAAAACCAGAAGUGCUUUCCAGUUAACCUGAUUUACUUAUACCCAAAUUUUCCUGUAUGGUUAACUGAGUUAUGAUUGAAAUUGUAGAGUAUCUCUCAUAGAACAAUAGGAACCAAAGUUUAUUUUAUUUAUUUAAGAGUAAGAAUUAAGUUUAGCAAAUCUUUAGGACACUGCAAACAAAAUCAUGUAGGAAGCUAAUGUAAGGAUUAUAACAAUAGUUAGAGAUUUCUAACUCUUCAAUUAAAAAAGUAUCCUUUUGCUUACCUCAGCAUUGUGAAUAGUAUAAUGAAGAUUUACAAUUAGAUGAACAAGGGAAAAAACAUUAAAACAGCAAAAUACCUCUUAUGAUCAGUGCUUGCUUAUAUUAGAUGCUUAUUAAUACUUCCUAGAUUUUUCUACACACUUUUCUACAUGAAAAGUAUGGGCUGGAGAAAGUGGGUAUAACUCUGUAAUAUAGGAAUAAAUUAUUGAAGGCAUUGUUAUUUCAAUGUUAUGCCUUUUUGCUGCUGCACUGAAAUCAAUAGGAAAUCCUUCCAUAGCCAUCAUAAUGAAGAGUGUUAGUGUAAUAAUUGCAUUGUCUUAUAUCUGCAUUUGCGACUCACAAGGUCACUCUAGUCUCUGGCAGUUCUCCAAUUGAGAUGGCAAUUAAAUGUGUUUGGUAGAGCCAGAGCUAAGAAAGCAAUAUCUCCUUCCUAUGUCAUAUUAAGAAGGGUUAACCUACCAUGUAGUCUAUUAGCAUGAAAUAGGGUAUUCUUCCCUGCUUAGUUGUAAAUAGCACUAGGUUGCUACCCCAUCUGAGGUGGGGUAAAAUUGAUUUUCCCAUGUUUCUUGCAGGUUAGUAAUCCAACUUCUACACAUUCUUGUUUCUCUGCCUCUGGGAUCAUAUUCCCCAUGUGUCUUCGUUUAUGCCUAAAAUCUUACAGUUUUUGCCAGAAAGAGAUAUGUGUCAAUUCUUGCUUUGCCUUGAUGGCCAUUGGUUUCAGGAAGCCAUGAAGUGAAAUGAAUAGCAUCUUGACAGUUCAUGCAGAAAGCAGAUUUCUCCUGCUUUCCCCCUAAUUACAUUUUUUACAGGUAGGUAGAGUUGAGGUAAUGGGAUCUUUAUUUUUCCAGUCUCGAAUGUAAAUAGAUGAAAGUUAAUGCAUAUUUUAACACAGUUUCAAUUGUGCUUAUUGGCAAACAUUUUGC